CGGGAAAAUUCUUAAAAAAAGCAUGAGCAAUUUUUUUUAUUUUUGUAAAUUUCUUAAAUAAAAUUAAUGUUUUAUGACAAUGAGAAAGGCUAUUUUAUCCUUUUUAUUACCUUUUCGUUUUACACCUUUUUCUUCCCCAAACAGUCACCGGCAAUAUUACAUCUCAAUUGAGAGAGGUUCAACCUAAAUUCUUAAUUCAACUAUUACUAUCUAAAUCGUCCUCUGUUUUUUUUUUUCUUCCUUUUCGAUUUUAGCUUUCAUGGUUUCAGAUUUUGAGUUUUAGUAGCGAAAAUAUGAACUCGAUGAGAUCCCUGAUUUUCGUAACAAAGGGGAUUGAUAGCCGCCGAAAAUUGGACGAGCUUCUGUUGAGAAUGAAGUCAAACCAAGAAAAGAUGGGGUCAGAUUUUUAUUGACAGUGACCUCAUUGAUGGAAUUAGUUCAGCUAAUAGAUAGAGAAGGGGCUUGUCACGAAAUGGUCAAUUUAGUUGAUUGGGUAUGGAGAAUCUAUUCGGAAGGGAAAAUUACUGAAGCUGCAAAUGUGAGAUUGAAUGGUGAAUUCAAAGAAGAAGCUGCAAAUGUGAGAUUGAAUGGUGAAUUCAAAGAAGAAGAAAUGAAGAAACUAUUAUUGAUUGGGAUGAGCUGUGCAAAUUCAGAUAAUCUUUCAGAUUCUCAAUAAUGAAGCACAACCUAUGCCAGUGCCAAAGGUGAAACCUAUUUUAACUUUCUGCAACAGUUUGCCAUUGAGCAUAGAUGAUAUCAUUUCAGAUGAUGAUGAUGGAUGCAGGAGCCCUGAUUCACAAUUUGAGAUAGUAGUUGGCUGAUUGUUAUUACUGGAACAAUAUGUUUUAGGAUUGUUUCAUUUUUUUCCCACAACUACUGAUUGUGUAUUGCUUAGUUCAAUGUAUCUUUUAUACAAUCUGAAAGCAAAAUUUUUGAGUUCAAAUUCAUUCCAUUGAACUCCAGACACAUUCCUGAUGUAUCUUUUGAUGACAUUAUAUGAGUGCUGCGUUAAGGACAUUUCCAGUUAGCUUUUAUUGUAGGAGUUAACUGAUAACAUAAAAAUAUACACACUUUUAGCAUUCAUUUCUUACUCAUUUUUAUUUAUAAUUUAGUGUCAAUUAGUUACGAUUAGUUUACUUUUGGGGUGAUUUUGUAGUUCACGUAUCUUGGAGGGCCAAUGUGGAAAAUUAGCAUAAAAGAGGGCCAAAUUGCACAAAAGGGCAUCAAAAUGGACUGGAAUGGAAGCUGCUGGAAAUUAAACUGCCGGAGGAUCGAUCAGAGCUGAAUCUAGUGGAAAAAUCCUUGCUGUGGAAGGAAGAUUGAUAGCAGAUGGAUUCAAGUAGAAGACUCUGCAGUAGCUACCUCAAUAGAGGAAGAAGAAAU